UGUUCCACCGGACACUCGCAGGUGGCGCUUGCUGUGCAACGCGAAUUGAAGCGUAUUUUCAAAUUCGUGGUGUUGCUUGCAAGGGCCCAGCAGUGGUGAAUUUCUGCAACAUCUGAGCUGCUGUGAUGCCGUGUCCGGAAGCCACCGCACGCGUCCACUCGCCAGCCGUAUAAUUUGUUUUAUCGCUUUCGACGUUACCCGGUCAUUUGUCGGUUAGGGUCCGCUAAGCUGGGAAAAACAACAUGGCGGCGGCGACUAAACAAUUUUUUGUUUACGAUCGACGAAAAACCAGUGCGCCACAGUCGUCAAUAACUCUGAAGAAAAACGCCACGUAUUUGGAUCUAAGGACAGCUAUCACAAAGCAAUUUGCCAUUCCCACCAGUGAGUCGUUCCUUGUGUGUACGACAAACAGGGAGGAAAUCGGCGCAGAGAGCUUCGGACAUCUGGAUGGUGGUGAAACCUUGUAUGUGCUCAAGAGCAUUGACCAGGAACUCACAGGACAGACAUUUGAAAAGGUUGAAUACCUGCCUCAUUAUGAUACAAUCAUCAAAUCUGGAAUGUACGAGUACUAUGCGUCCGAGGGACAGAAUCCUCUACCAUACGCAUUUGCAGAACUUAUUGACAAUUCCCUGGCUGCGACAAAGUGCAACAAAGGAAGCCGUAAGAUUGAGUUGAAGCUGUACCUGGAUGACAGCAGCAGCCAGCAAGAUCGUAGUACCAUCUUUGUCAUUGACAAUGGCUGUGGCAUGACCUCUUGGCAGCUCAACAACUGGGCUAUUUACCGACUUUCAAAGUUCACCAGAAAAGAGAAGUCUCUGCACCCCAUUGACCCAGACAGCAGUUUUGAUGAGUCCCAGAAGCGAUGUCCUCGAUUUCUCAACAGCGAGAUCUCAUACUUUGGCGCUGGUGGAAAACAGGCUAUCUUCUUCAUUGGAAACUCUACACGGAUGAUCACGAAACCAAAGGAGUCUAGAGACGUUCACGAGCUUGUCAUUUCCAAGGAUGAGUUUGAGCAACGAGAGAAGCAGAAGGACUUCAUCUACAGGGGGAACAUUCUUAACAGGAAGUUGGGUGACCACAGCCACGUACCAGCAGAAGACGAGGGCCUUUGCAAGAUCAUUGCUGAUGAAACGGGCAAGGAGCAGUUCACCUGUGUUGCCAUCUGGGGCAUCUCUGCAGAGCAUGUCCAGUUUCUAAAGCACAACUUCAACAUAUGGUGUACACAGCUGGCGCACAUUUACCAUUACUACCUGCAUGGUCCUGACGGGAACACACAACAAGAUGCAGAAACGCGGGCCCCCUCUCCGUAUAAAUACAUCGACAUCGAAGUGAGCCUGCUGAUGAAAAGUGGACACCACAAGGUCACUAACCUACGAGAUAUUGAGCUCGACCUGGAGACUCAGUUGAUUCGAUCGACCGCGAGUACUUUUGAGUUUCGUGCUACCGUAGAUGGAACACGGGAAGUUGAAGGAGUUCUGAGGUACCACCCAUUCCUCUAUGAUCACGAAACUUUCCCGGUGGAGAUCAACAAUGACUUGAAAUCCUACCAAGAGGAUCACUGUUAUCUGGGCCGAAGACGUUAUGGCAACACAGUAACAGCACUGCAGGAUGGUGAGGAUGAAGAGGACAUCAACUCUCAUCUGGGGUCCAACCUGAAGCCAGCACGAGGGCAGCGGCCCAUAUUUGAAUGCUUCUGGAACGGUCGACUUAUUCCUUACACAACUAUCGAGGAAUUUGAGUGGUGUGGAACACCAAAGAAGAUGGUACGAAAUGUCCCACUGGAGUGCUUUAACAGAGUGUCUGGUGUGCUGUGGACAGGCGAUGCUUUCCAAGUAAGCACAAACAAACUGACCUUUAUGGACCUGGAGAACAAACUACGAGACAAAAACAACACAAUCUUUGCUCGGGUCAGCAAUGGGCAGGUCCAGCGAGGAAGCAUUGAGAAGCUAUUUGUCGAGUGGCUACAGACGUGCCACGAGCAGUGUGACAAGCAGGUGCGCUUUGUGGACUUUGUUGACACAGUCACUCGCAAGGACAAACCCAAGUACAAGCAGUUUCCAUGGGCAGUCUACAGGUCCAUUGAGUGGGAUGGGAAGCGGUUCAAAGAAGGACAGCUGAUCAGGACUCAGCGUACCAACCCUGUUGUCAUGGGAACCAUUAGGAAGUUCUACCUGUACGGUGACCACACUGACAGCGUUUAUGCCACAGGAGGAGAAUUUGAGAUAUCUCAGGAGCCAAGGAGCAUGUAUGACGAAGUCAAGUCCUUUGCACUGGAUAAAAUGGACAGGAAAUUAACGGGCGCUGCGUUACAGAAGCUUAUGGAUGAAGAAGAGAUAAGGCUGCCUGCAAAGCUCUUGGUAACUUGGCCUGAAGGCGACCAGCUGUUUCCAAACGAGAAGCGCCCUGCUGGAAAAGCGAUAGGUGAUGUGAAAGUUGAAAUAUUGAACACCAAAGGGGAAUCAGUGAGCAAGCUGCCAGGGCCGCAGAACAAACGACUCUCGGUGGAGCUGAAGAUCACGUGGCACUCACCUUCUGGGGACCAGGUGGUGGCCCAGUACGUUUCGCCACACAACAAGAACUGGGGCUACUGGUUCCGAAAAAUGGAGAAUGUUCAGAACUUGGGUGCUCAUACCAUGACCCUGCAAGCCAUGUUGAGCGACUCCGCGACCAUGUUGAGUUCUGGCAGGGAGUUGCCUUCACACAAGAUUAGGUUCACAGUAACAGAGGCCGCUCCAGACAAGUUCAAUGUCGGAUACCUGGAGGGUCCCUUUCGUGUCGGCAUGCCAUUCCAAGUUCCACUGGACUUUCUCGACAAGUACGGCAAUGCAACAAAACCCUUGCCUGACUUGAAACCUGAAUUGAAGGCUAGCGGCUUAGACCUGUCUUAUGACAACGCUGCGGUAAAAGGCAACUCGUUGAUCAUCAAGGGCAUCGUAGCAAAAGGAGUUGUGGAGUCAAAUUCGGGGAAAAGUUUCACACUGACAGUGAGAAUUCCAGGCCUUCACGAUGACACCCAGUCACUCAAGAUCCGUUUGCUACCAGGUCCAGCACAUGAGCUUCAGGUCCUGCCUGAUGCAAAGGAGCAGUUGGUGUUUGAGAAUGGAGGCUCACCUGUAUUUGACCUGGCUGUGCUGGACAUAGCUGGAAAUUACACAUGCGAGCCAAAGUUUGUGGCUGUCUGCAAGUUCCAUGCGCCACGCCAGCAAGGGCUGCCAACGUACACAGUUGAUUUGUCCAACAGCUGCAAGGGAACUCUCACUGGUCCACCCAUCACUUUGCGUCAAGUCACCAAAGAUGAACGAAUAGUAGCCAAGUUCGAAGUACAGAAUCACAAGCAGCUGUCUGGAGUAGAGCGGAUGCUGGUAGUUCUGCCGAGCCACCAGGCCGCACGCAUCUCAGUGUCCUGCCUCGGAGAGAACGGAGAACGCGUGGAGUUGGAAAGUGGUCAAGACCUCUCAUGGGUUGCCGGGGAACCGAUCACACAUCUUAAAUUUGAAGUGCACGAUGAGGCAGGGAAGAAGGUUACCCCAACUGCUAACAUGGUUGCCAAAAUGAAGCCAAACUGGUCAUCUAGCUACACCAAGGAUCAGCUGCUGGCUGGCAACCUUCCAGACAUUACCUGUCCAUCUUCUGUGAAACAGUCCCUUUUCUGCCACAUAUCGCUCUCUGCAGGGCGCACGGUGGACUUCUCUUUUACCGUCAAGCCCAGGAACGGGGAGCCAGCCAUUCUUAAAGUAUCCUGCAAAGGAACAACGAAUGUCCGCAUUGGCCAAGUUCAUCAGGCAGACAUCCUGAUCGCCCUCACAGACAAGUACCAGAACUCAAUCAAAAAGCUUCAAAUGAAAGAUUUGGCAGAAUUGCUCAUCAUUGCAGAGGGCCUCGACUACACGGACGUCCUUAAAGCAUUGGAUCAGAGUGGUGGCUUUCACGUGAAAGGCUUGAAGUUUCUGGAUACCCAGCUUGGAGCGAAGGAAGUGUGCUUUCAGUGGAAAGGACUCAAAGACUACCUGAGACUGAAUGUCACCCCAGGGCCCCCAGUGUCUAUAUCUUACCUCGACUACAAUGCUAACGAGCCCGUGACAAUCACACCUGACGGAAAGAUGCCGCAACCAUUGACGGUGCAACUCUUGGAUGUCAGGGGCAACCCCUCGGCAGAGCCUAAUGUCAAGAUUCAGUUAGGAAUUGAUGAAGGCAUUAAGGUUAUUCCACCUACCCCUCCAGUAAAAACAGACAGCAAGGGAAAGGCAUCCUUUGGUACUUUUGCUGUGGCUCUUAAAAACAACUCCCCUCCAAAGCCCUGUGAAUUCAACAUCUGCCCGACAAACUGCUACGGCCUAUUCACCCUGGGAACCAAGGCCAGCAUUGGUCGCGCAUUCAUCAAUGGCCCCGUACUCAAGCUGCACUUAACGUGUGAUCCUGAGAAGCCUGUUGAAGUAAAUGUGUCCUACAAAGGGAAGCAAAGCUUAACUGUUGGAGAAGAGCUUGCUGAGAUUGAGGUCCAUGUGGUGGCAGAAGAUGGAAACAUACUCUACUCAGCAAGGGGAAGGGACCUCUCCAUGAGAGUUGUACGGAUAGGCUGCUCUCCUAAGAAUCAAAAAGUCAUUACAUUUGCACCUGUUGAAGCCAAUGCAUCAAAUGGAAUGUAUCACUUCAGGAAAGUAAAAGUUCCUGAGGUUGCAGGAGAGUAUAAUGUCCAGUUCCACUUCAACAACAACAAGCACAGUUGCUGUAGCUCCAUCCUGUCGCUUACCGUUGUCCCAGAUGUACCUGUGAAAAUUGCCCCUCAACAGAAUCCUGUGAUUCCGCCCGUGUCGAACCAGUCCAAGCAAUCGACGAGAAGCCUACUCAAGUACUUCAAGUUAGAUCUCACUGAUCGGUUUGGCAACACUGCCGGUGUCAACCUGUCCGGCACACUGACGCUGCAGAUAGUGUCACCUGACCCUAGUGUCAAAGAAGUGCCAUAUUUUGAAGGAAAUGUCAGUUCAUACCAGGUGCCUAUCAGCAAAGGAUGCGCCAUCAUUCAGAACCUGCAAAUCCAAGAAAAUACCCAAGGAGUGGACGGCUUUCAAUACCUGUUGCGCCUCACGCCUUCCUUUGUCAAGUCCCAGCUGAAGAAUCCAAUUCCACAUUAUGAAGUGCCCUUUCUCUUUUAUAACGAUGCAUCGAAGCAGGAAGAGAUGAGCAGACUUACAAAGAAGCGAACAGAGUUGUUAAAGCAAUUGCAAACAUUUGAAGACCUCUUUCAAACGACGGAGAACAUCUACCGAGAACUAGAAGCUGUGAUAAGGGAUGCUCAGAAUGAAGAAUCCAAGUACAGGGGUGAAUUAAGAAGACUGGGGUUCAACAGUAACAAUGUUCGAGAGGAACAGCACAUAGGUGGUGCUCUCAAGACAUGUGAGCAACAGAAGCAAGCGAUGGAAGUGAAGAACCGACGGAGUUAUAUGCCGCAAGCAUAUCCUGAAGAACCGGGAGUUUUAGGAAAAAUUGGUCAUCUUGCGUGGGUGGAGGAAGACGAUGUGGCAGCAGUGCUCUCGUGGCACAUGCGAGGGGACAUUGACUGUGUUGUCACAGAGACCAUGGAAAAGGCCAUGGAAGUGUACCGGAAAACUGGGGGCCGUCAACAAGUGGUGGCUGUGGAUUCUAUUUACAAAAGGAAUCUUGCAAAGCAACUUCCUCACACAAGGAGUAGAGCUUUUACUCCGACAGGAAAUCCUAAAUUUGCGCUGGAUUAUUUUGUGUUCCGGAAGAGUCCUGAAAUCUGUCGAACAGUGUUUGCGAAUUUCAUAGGUGACACGAUUGUGUUGGACACUUUAGAAGAUGCAACACGAUACCGGACAGAGGUGACAAAAUUUUUUGCCUGCCCCACCCUGUUGGCCAAGACGGGUGAGCGUGUAGCCAGCACAGGAAAGUUUGGAGGACAGCAAAACAAGGCACCUUCACUCCACCAGCUACAUGGCCAGGUGUUUGGUGAGCCACCAGUUAAGGACCUCGACCGAAUACAAGAACAAAUGCAACUGCUGAAGAAGUUGGGUGGCUCAAUGAGGAAGCAGAAAGAUGCACGGUUGGAGCUGGACAAACAAAAGCAGAAGGACACUACUUUUGUGCUGAAGAAAAAAGACUAUGAGGUGCUCAAGAAGGAGCUGUCCACCAUUGACGACACCAUAGCAAAAAUGUCAGCAUACCAUCAGGAGACAGAGCAACGUAUCACAUCCAUCCCUGCGUCGCCUUCUUUGACCCAGGACGCUGUACGGAGUUCCCCGCGCACUGUGGGUCGCAGGGUCCCAGCAUCUCCGAAGAUUACUCCGAACGACACUGGAGUCAACGGGAUUGCAAGACGGGGCCGCAGCGGCACUCCCACUACCCCUCCAUCAGACCGCAAGCGGAGGAGGUUGACAUAGCAGUCCAUGUAAUCAUUCCAGCAUAGACAUCCUCAUUUGUCCUCCACUGCAGGAGCGCAGCUCCUGCACGCAGCUUCACAAACUCAUCAAGGCGCAGAGUUACUAUACAUACAUAAAUUGUACAUAAAGCUGAUAGCAUUCUUUAGAAAUAUAAAAGCAUGCGAAAGACAGGCCUCAUUUUAACGCAGCUAUGCUCUGGUUGCUGUGCAUUUGCGAGAACAUAUCAUUUUCUUUUUUCUAACAGCUCAGGAUUUUAGUUUUUUAUUCUGACUUCGGUUAGCUGUCGUACACGUAUGUCAGUGACAUGAGUGGCUGACGUUGAAACCCUGCUGAAGUGGGCCGCAGUAGUGUGUUUCUUCAUGAAGGAAGAGAAAGGUAACCUCACACAUGAAGCCUCUAUAACCUGUUCAGACAUAAAGCUGAUAGCAAGUAACUCUAGUGUGAUGUAAGUCAGUGGUAAGAAUGCGCGACAGUUGUAGUAUCCGCCAUUCAUGAAACUGACGCAUUACCCCUGAGCACUCGUAUUUCCUAAGUUUCCUGACCACCAUUAUUUGUCGUCACCACCAAGGGAGGUUUCAGCGAAAUAGAAUACGAAACACUGUUCCGAGCUGUAGGAAUAUUUUUCCGCAGCCCAUGUGACAUGGUGUGUGAGACUUGCUAGCACUCUCCUGAAUACACAACUUGACUUCACCUUUUCAAGCUGCUUCUGGACCUUGUGUAUUCCAACAUGCGCUUAUUUUCAGCCUGAUGGCUACCUAACUGCACUGCGAGCAGGUACUUGACAUUUGGUAAUGUGUUGCAAGUGAGCCACAUCAUCCUAAUGCAAGUGAUAGAUGCAAGUUGCAUGCACGAUCAUGAAAUACAAAUGAGGUAGCAACACUGAAGUGCUCUGCGUACCGUUCUGGACCUUCGGGUGUGCUGAACAACAAGCAAUAUAGCACCAGAAACGUUAGUUCGUGUCAUUUGAUUUUUAAAUGAAAUUGAUUAUACAAUUCCGCACAUAAGUAAGGAACGUGCUAGAGAAGGAAGAGCAGCAGCUCCAUCUCCUGUGACCUGCAUGCAUCAGACAAUUGACUGUCACUGCUGACAUGUGUUCACCUAAUUUUUUUUAAACUUUGUGCUGUGUCACCUUCAUCUGUUUUGACACCAACCUCCUGUUACUGCUAUUAGUUUAUGCUCAUUUGUGUGUAUCUUUCACGUAGAGGACAUGUGUGGUUCCGUUUGCUAUAGGGGAGAGGUUCCUCCUGGUGCAGAUCGGAAAGCUUUACGACCUACGUCAUGUGAGAUACCAUAGUCAUUUUUCAUAACAUAGUCGUUGCUCCUUUGUUCCAACACUAGUAGCUGUUCAUCCGGGAUUUAUAUUAAAAUGUGUACAUAAGAACCGCUAGCAAAUAUGCCUAUAUCCUAUCUCACUUGGGACGUGGAAAAUUUUGAGCCUCCAAGGAGGCCUCCAAUGGUUAUAGCCCACCAGAUGCCUUAUGAAUGGUCGUGCAAAACUGUUGUUUCAGAAAUGAAAGUGUUCAUGGUUGGUUUAACUAAUUUCAUUAACAAAAGUUUAGCAUUGUUCUCAUGUUGUUUCAUACUAUGGUGGGAAUGUAUAUGCUGUUCACUGUGCACUGAAAAUAAAGUUAAUGCGUAGUGCAAACAUAA